AUGGCAUCCCAAGGCAAUGGUCAGCAUGUUUUACUCACGGGCGCAAAUGGCUUCGUUGCCUCGCAUAUACUAGCGAUAUUGCUUGAACGUGGAUUCGCUGUCACUGCCACUGUGCGAUCCCAGACCAAGGCCGACGAUAUCAUCCAGACGCAUCCUUCAUGGAAGGGCAAGAUCAACUUUGUCAUUGUGUCUGAUUUCACCUCCCAGCAUCCAUUCGAUGAAUUAUUCGAAAACACAAAAAACUCUGCAGUACCCUUGACCUAUGUUAUCCACACGGCGUCGCCUUUGAAGUUCAAUGUCAAGGACAUCCAGAAGGAGAUGAUCGAACCUGCCGUUAUGGGAACAACGGAGAUCCUCAAGAGUGCUCACAGACAUGGUGGGGCGACUCUGAAACGAUUUGUUCUGCUAGGUAGUGCUGUCUCCGUCCUCGACUCCUUCGAGGACAUCACCCGUGAGGGACGCCCUUACACUGAAAAUGAUUGGAAUCCAGUGACUGUUCAGCAAGCCAUCAAUCGGAAAGACACUGUGCUUGGGUACAACGUAUCCAAAACGCAAGGUGAACAAACAGCAUGGGAGUUCAUGAAGACUCACAGACCAAAAUUCGAUCUAACGGUAAUCAACCCGGACAUCAUCACGGGUCCCAUGAUCCAUCCCAUUUCGGGAUCGGGCUCAAUUAACGAGACUAACCACUUCGCAAUCGCGAGUUUCAUCGAUGGUACCCAUAAGACAGUUGAAGACGUGCGAUUCCCGUUUUAUCACUUUGUCGAUGUCCGCGACGUCGCGCAGAGCCAUGUCGAUGCGUUGACUAACCCUGCUGCAGGGAGUCAACGGAUUCUGCUCAUAUCCGGGCUAAUAACUCCGCAGCUAGUCGUGAAUAUCAUUCGAAGGCAUUUUCCCGCUCUAGAGGAUCGCGUUCCGGAAGGGAAUCCUUCGCAGAUCCUGCCGGACGGGAUACACCCGACAGGCUGGGAUAUGAGGGUUAGCCUGGACAUUCUGUCCAAGGGAAGGAAAGAGGGCUCAUGGAAGUAUAUUGAGCUAGAGCAGAGUGUCACCGAUACAGUGCAGUCGAUGAUUGAUCGGAAUGUUUUGUAG